AUGAGUAGUAGUGCUGAAGAAGAAGAUUUCGAUAUUGCUGGUAACAUUGCCCUUGAUGGCUCAGAAUCUGAAGACUAUUCAAGUGAUGAUAACUCUGAUGUGGAGGUUCAAGAUGAAAUUAUAGAUAGUGAUGAUGAACAAGAAUCUAAUAAUAAAAGACAAAAAAAAGAUACAAAACUUAUAACUACUACUACUACUCCUAAACAAAAGGGUAAAGACCUUUCAAAUGCUUUCCCUUCAUUAGAAUUAUCAGAUGAUGAAACUUCAAAAGAAAAAGCUAAAGAAGAUGUUGAUUUUGCAAAUUAUUUUAAUAUUAAACCUGAAACAAAUAAAGCUAAAGCUGGUUCAUUUGCUAGUUUUGGUUUAUCAAAAUUUAUAUUAAAUAAUAUCUCCAAGAAAGGUUUUAAACAACCAACUCCAAUUCAAAGAAAAACUAUACCUUUAAUCUUACAAAAUAGAGAUAUUGUUGGUAUGGCUAGAACUGGGUCUGGUAAAACUGCUGCUUUUUCUUUACCUUUAGUUGAAAGAUUAAAAAUCCAUUCUGCAAAAGUUGGUGCUAGAGCUAUUGUGCUUUCACCAUCAAGAGAAUUAGCUAUUCAAACUUAUAAAGUUAUUAAAGAAUUUUCAAGAGGUACAGAUUUAAGAAGUGUAUUAUUAAUUGGUGGUGAUUCUCUUGAAGAUCAAUUCUCUUUAAUGAUGUCAAAUCCUGAUAUUGUUAUUGCUACUCCUGGUAGAUUUUUACAUUUAAAAGUUGAAAUGCAAUUAGAUUUGAAAACUGUUGAAUAUGUUGUUUUCGAUGAAGCUGAUAGAUUAUUCGAAAUGGGGUUUGAAGAACAAUUAAAUGAAUUAUUAAGCGCCUUACCACCAAAUAGACAAUCUUUAUUAUUCUCUGCUACUUUACCAAGAUCUUUAGUUGAUUUUGCUAAAGCUGGUUUAACAAACCCUGUAUUGGUUAGAUUAGAUGCUGAAAGUAAAAUUUCUGAUCAAUUAGAAAUGGCAUUUAUUUCAUCCAAAAAUGGGGAAAGAGAAGGUAAUUUAUUAAAUAUUUUACAAGAUGUCAUUAAAAUUCCAUUAGCUACUCCAGAAGAAUUGAAAAAACUAGAUGCUAUUAAUAAAGAACCAGAUUCUGAUGAUUCUGAUCAAGAUGAUCAAGAUGAUAAAAAAGAUCGUAAAAGAAAAAGAAAACAUUUUAAAAAACCAAGAUUACCACCUGCAAAUCAAUUACCAUCAAUUCAUUCAACAAUUAUUUUCGUUCCAACAAGACAUCAUGUUGAAUAUGUUACAACUUUAUUAAAAGAUACCGGUUAUGCAGUUUCUUAUAUUUAUGGUACUUUAGAUCAACAUGCAAGAAAAAGACAAUUAUUAAAUUUUAGAGCUGGGUUAUCACCAAUCUUGGUUGUUACAGAUGUUGCAGCUAGAGGUAUUGAUAUUCCAGUUUUAGCAAAUGUUAUUAAUUAUUCAUUACCUGGUUCCUCAAAAAUUUUCGUUCAUCGUGUUGGUAGAACUGCAAGAGCUGGUAAUAAAGGUUGGGCUUAUAGUAUUGUUUCUGAAAAUGAAUUACCAUAUUUAUUAGACUUAGAAUUAUUUUUGGGUAAAAAAAUCUUAUUAACACCAAUGCAUGAAAAAAAAUGUGAAAUUUUAAAAGAACAACAAGGUGAUUCUUAUGUUGAACCAAAAAUUUCUUAUACUGAAAGAAUGGUUUUAGGUCAAGCUCCAAGAAUUAAUGUUGAAAGUAUGACUGAAUUAUUUAAUAAUAUUUUAUCUAAUGAUUAUGAUUUGAAAGUUUUACAAGGUGUUUCUACAAAAGCUGAAAAAUUAUAUUUUAAAACAAGAACUGCUGCAUCAAUUGAAUCUGUUAAAAGAGCUAAAGAAGUUAAACAUAGUGGAUGGGAUGAACAAAAUUUAUUAUUUGGUAAAAAUCUUGAAAAAGAAAAGAUUGAUUUUUUGGCUAAAUUACAAAAUAGAAGACAUAAAGAAACUGUUUUUGAAUUUGGUAAAAGAGAUGAUAGUUUAGUUGAUUUAAUGAAUACUAGAAGAAGACAAAUUGCUCCAGUACAGAGAAGAGCCAAGGAAAGACAAGAAUUAUUAGAAAAAGAAAGACUUGCAGGGUUAACUCAUGGUAUUGAAGAUGAAAUUUUAAAAGGUGAUGAUAAUGAAGUUGGUUAUAGUGUUAAUGAUAAAGUUUUAGAAGAUGAAUUUGAAACUGCUGAACAAUUAUUAGAGAAAAAGAAAGAGAAGAAAUCAUUUAGAGAUCCAAAUUUUUAUAUGAGUCAUUAUGCUCCAAGUUCUGUUAUCCAAGAUCAACAAUUAAACUUAAACAAUGGAUUUACUAAUGAUGCACAAAAGGCAACAUUUGAUUUAAAUAAUGAUGAUAAUAUGCAAGUUAAUAAACAAACUCAAACCAUGCAAUGGGAUAAAAAAGCUGGUAAAUAUGUUAAUUCUAAAUCAACUGAUAAGAAAUAUAUCAUUGGUGAAAGUGGUCAAAGAUUACCAGCUUCAUUUAGAUCUGGUAGAUUUGAUGCAUGGAAAAAGGGUAAGAAGAUUGAAGGCUUAAAAGUUGGUUCAAGAGAAACUGUUAAUGAAUUCACUGGUGUUAAUAAUAAAUCCAUUGGUAGUGGUGGUGGUAGAAAAUUCAACCAUAAGAAAGUUCAAGCACCAAGAGCACCAGAUAAAAAGAGAGAUGAUUAUCAUAAACAAAAGAAGAAGGUUGAAAAUGCUCUUGAAAAAGGUGUUCAUGUUAAAGGAUUCCAAAGAAAAGGUCAAGGAUCUAAUGAAAUUAAAUCUACUGAACAAAUUAGAAAAGCUAGAGAACUUAAAGAAAAACGUCGUGAAAAGAAUGCUCGUCCUUCCAAGAACUCUAAAGGUAAGAGAAGAUGA